CCGUUUCAAAGAUCCAAAAACCAUUUUCCCGCUUGAAUCAUCAAAUACAAAGCCCUCAAAUCCCUUCUUCUUCCCUUCAUUCUUCAUCGCUUCUUCUUUAUCCUCUCGCCGGAGCUCUCUCUCAGUUCAUACCAACCUUUUCUUUCUGAUCCUCUAUUGUCGAGCAAUGGCGGACGCACCAACCGUUGGCGGCAUAUCAAACAUUUUGUCUAAUCCAUCCCCAGACUCCCCCUCCGAUGUCCCCGAUGUCGUGGUUCAGGUCAUCGAUCUCAAGGCGACGGGAAAUCGCUACAUGUUUACUGCUAGCGAUGGGGAUAUGAAGCUUAAAGCUAUUCUUCCAUCAAACCUGACGUCUGAUGUCAUUUCUGGAAACAUUCAAAAUUUGGGGCUUAUUCGCGUUCUUGACUACUCUCUCAAUGACAUUCCGAACAAGCAAGAAAAGUAUUUAAUCGUGACGAAAUGUGAGGUUGUUUCUCCUGCUCUAGAAAAGGAGGUAAAAACUGAGGUUAAGAAAGAGGAAACAGGUAUUAUUUUGAAACCGAAGCUAGAGGAUGAUGAUAAGAGCACAUUUAACAAUGGAUCUGGUAUUCUUUUAAAGCCAAAGCAAGAAUUGGUUGCCAAAUCAGCUGCUCAGAUUGUACACGAGCAGCAAACGAAUAUGGCACCAGCUGCACGUAUGUCCAUGACAAGGCGAGUUCAUCCCCUUGUCUACUUAAAUCCUUAUCAGGGAGAUUGGACCAUCAAAGUCCGUGUUACGGAUAAGGGAAACCUGCGUACAUACAAGAAUGCUCAAGGAGAAGGUUAUGUUUUUAACGUAGUGUUGACAGAUGAAGAUGGUACACAAAUACAGGCAACGAUGUUCAAUGAUGCUGCAAGGAAGUUCUAUGAGAAAUUUUCCCUUGGCAAAGUUUACUACAUUUCCAGGGGGGCUUUGAAAGUUGCUAAUAAGAAAUUUAAGACAGUUCAAAAUGAUUAUGAAAUGACUUUGAAUGUGAAUUCUCAAGUAGAUGAGGUUAGCAGUGAAGCUGCGUUUGUUCCUGAAACAAAAUAUAAUUUUGUCAAGAUUGAUAUGUUAGGUCCGCACGUGAAUGGAAGGGACCUUGUUGAUGUUAUUGGAGUUGUUCAAAGUGUUUCUCCUACAAUGAGCAUUCGAAGGAAAAUCAACAAUGAGACAGCUCCAAAACGUGAUGUAACCAUUGCUGAUGAGACGAAGAAGACAGUUGUGAUAUCUUUGUGGAAUGAUCUUGCGACCACUGUGGGGCAGGAGUUGCUUGACAUUGCCGACCAAUCUCCAAUAAUUGCAGUGAAGUAUCUUAGAGUUGGGGACUUUCAAGGUGUAUCUUUGUCCACAAUAAGCAGAAGCUCAAUUAUGAUAAAUCCAGACAUAAAGGAAGCACAUGAUUUGAGAUCCUGGUAUGACUCUGAAGGAAAAGCCGUAUCCAUGUCUUCUGUAAGCUCUGGCCUGAGCCCAUCAACCAAGAGUGGUACCAGGUCCAUGUACUCUGACCGUAUCUCCCUAUCUCAUAUACUCCAAAACAAAUCUUUGGGAGAAGAAAAGCCCAUGUUCUUCAGCAUCAGAGCAUAUGUUAGCUUUAUCAAGCCUGAUCAAACAAUGUGGUAUCGGGCUUGCAAGACAUGCAAAAAGAAGGUGACUGAAGCGAUUGGAUCUGGAUAUUGGUGCGACAAUUGUCAGAAAAAUGAUGAAGAAUGCAGUUUAAAGUACAUAAUGGUCGUGAGAGUUUCUGAUGCAAGUGGUGAAGCUUGGUUCUCUACAUUCAAUGAAGAAGCAGAGAGAAUCAUUGGAUGCUCUGCCGAUGAGCUUGACCAACUCAAAUCACAGGUUGGAGAGGAGAAUUCAUAUCAACUGAAACUCAAACAAGCCACUUGGGUUCCCCAUUUAUUUCGAGUUAGCGUUUCUCAGAAUGAGUACAACAAUGAGAAGAGACAAAGGAUCACUGUCAGGUCUGUUGCUCCAGUUGACUUUGCCGCUGAAUCCAGAUUUUUGCUAGAAGAGAUAGCAAAAAUGAAAGCUUCCUAAGAAGGGUUUAUUGCAAAGCCAUGUCUAUCUUAGGCAACUUUAGGAAUUAAGUAGAAAAAUGUAAAUUAAAGCAUCAAUUUAACAGCUAUUUUCCUUUUCUGUAGUAGUAGAGACCUUAGAGGAAUGUUUUGUUAUUUACCUUACCAGUUGGAAGCAUGUUUUUGCAUAUACUA